UUUGAAGUUGACCAAAACCGACUAUUCCUACAGCAUUCGUUUGAACAUUUGAAUGGUUGGACCAGCCGUCCAAUGACCGUCGAUGAUCUAACUGGAAACGGCAAUUCUGCACGUGACGGCGUGACACGCGUCCAUACAUGGCGUCGCGGACUACAGACGGUCGAAACAUCUGAACCUUCACUGACCACAUACCUUGUGCCCAUCAAAGUCGACAUCUGCUCACCCAUUUCACCACGUAUUCAUCAUCGCUCUAAUCAAUCCAUUCACUCCGUUCCCUUUGAAGUCUUAUUACUCGACGAUUUAAGGCAGCUGCGCGACUUUUAGGCAGCGACCUGAUCUCCACGUUCCAGUGCCCUUGGCAUUCAAAGCUGAACUCCCCUUCGCAUAUGCGCCUUAACCAGCACCCUCUCGCCACCCCUUAAUCAUGCGCAUUCCUUCAGCUGCCUAUCCAUCUAAUCUAUUCGGGGUGCGUGAGAGAGUCCACAGUCACCGGUUUUUCAUCAUGUGAGUGCUAGCAGCCAUAGGAUCUGCUCUGGAUGAAUCAAAGCACCGCAAUUCUUUUGGCACCGACCCCUGGAUCGCACAGUAUCACAGCCGAUUCUUGCCAUCGUUAAUCAAAACUUUUCGUACAAUUCCCUCGGUUGUGCUUUCCCAUGUCAUAUCUGUCUUCAGUGUUAGCACACUAUUGUUCUUUCUAUCCCUUUGUCAUUAGUAUAAACAACAUAUCGAUAUUCUAUCCAACCAGGCAACCUGCCAUUGCACCUUCUAUGAUUUCUUAUGUAUGUUUGACAGGGCGCUGGAAAGGCUCUCAAUUUGUUUACCGAAACGUGCAAAACUCCGGGAAUACACGAACCGAGCGCGUACUCACCGGAAACCAGGCCAACAUUACCUUUCCGAAAUGGAGCGUAACAUCCCUGGAUGUCAGUUCUCUUGCGAUGACAUGAUUCUGCAAGUCGGUCUGCCCUGCUCGUGUACCGUCCUCCUCUUACCCCUAGGUACUACUCGAGCUCAUGGACACUGCAUGCCCGCGGCGUCGCUGCCGAAUCACACUCGUAUACCAU